UAACCAUUCAGGCACGGGUUGUUGCAGUUGGACACUUGAGUUGUAUUCCAGAGCCACCUAAAUUGAUGCUUUAGAAAGGAUGCGUCCUUACCUGUGUGAUAAAAUCAUAGCUGAGAGACACUUCGAUUACCUACGUUCAAAGAAAAUACUCACUAGAGAGGACACAGAAGAAAUUUCUUCUCGAUCUUCCAGUAGGAAAAAAACUGGGAAGUUAUUGGACUACUUAGCAGAAAACCCAAAGGGACUGGAUGCUUUGAUUGAAUCUAUCAGGCGAGAAAGAACGCAAAACUUCCUGUUACAAAAGAUAACUGACGUAGUGUUGAAAGUCAAAAAUGAAAAACUUGAAGCUCUUAAGGGUCUAAGCUGCAGCACCUGUAUGACCACACUCUAUGGAGGAACAAAUAAUCUUUCUAGAUCGUAUUCUGAUGAAUCUAAUUUUUUUGAUAAAACAAAAGACAAAGAAUCUGCCCAGAUACAUCAUCCGGAAGAAGAUUAUAGCACUGCCGCCUUUGUGUCUGCUGUCUCUCUUCAUUCAAUGAAUUUACCAAUUGCAGAGAUGGGAAAUGCAGAGAGUGCUAUUUUCUCAGCCACCCUUCCAGGGCCUGGAGACCCCGGUGCACCCCCUCUCCCCCCGGAGCUCCAGUCAGAGCAGCAAGAACCGUGUACUAGUUCAAGUGACAAUUGCUUUUUGCCUUUAAGAUCACGUUCUCUUCAACCAUAGUGAAUGUAGUGACUUUUGUCUGUUCAACCAAACGGUACUGAAACUGUGUGAUGUCUUAUAAGGGUUAAAAAAGUGUUUUCAAACUGCUAGCUAGCAAAAUCGGAGGAAACAAUCUAUGCUAUUUACUGUUUUUAAGGAGUAAUUUUUUUUGUAAUUGGGUGACUCUGGAGCUGCUUGAUUUUAUGUUCUUUAAGGAGCUUUCUUCAAAAGAUCGUGGUACUACACCAGCGAAGGUUUGUUUUUUAAACGGGUAUAUUUCAGAUUUCACAUUUAGUUGCAGAUAUUUAAGCUGCAGUUAUAGAACAAAUGAAUUGGGAAAGAUGGCUAGGAAAAGUAUUGAGUAUUGAAAAAUAACUUCCUGAACUAAAAGCUUAAGCGCACUUACCAAAAAGCUUAAACUCAUUUACCAAAUUAAAUGUUUCUCUGUAGGAUAAAUUCUGCCCUCUAUGUAUGUGUGUGCAGCUCCAUUUGCAAAAAACAAACAAACA